AUGGUACUGAAAGGAAGAAGCAAAGAUGCAAGAAACAAAGAUGAAAUAUCCCAAGCUGUACACAGCGAUCCAGGCUCUGCUUUGGUUGGGAAGUCAGAGACUGAAGAUGCCUGUCACCAUGGCCUAGUUGAACCAACUAUAAACACUAAGGAGGCUUUGGAUGCCAUCAAUGGCAUGUUUAUGGAGCCACUGGAACCUGAAACUAUUCUCAAGAGUGGCAAUGAUACAAAUAUGCUCCAGAACAACAGUGUGAAGCAAGACCAUACAAAAUUAAGUCAGCAAACAAGAGGAUUUGAGAUCUUUGUUGAUGAGGAUGGUCCUAUUGGCAACAACCAAAAUGGAACACAAAACAGGAACUCUAGAAAGGAAAACAUGAAGUUAAAUCAGGAACCAAGUGUGUUUGAGAUCUUUGUUGAUGAGGAUGGCCCUAAUGGCAACAACCAAAAUGCGUGGCAAAACAGGAACUGUGGGAAGGAAAACAUGAAGGUAAAUCAGGAAAGCAGUGGGUUUGAAAUCUUUGUUGAUGAAAAUGAGGCUAAUGGCACUGUCCGGAAUGCUAUGUGCUACAAGAGUAAUAGGUAUCCUCCAAGACCAUUAUCUGAGUCAUCUCAGCAUCAAGGCGAAAGUGACUUCCAAAAGCCAUUUGUUGGAUGGUUUGCAAUAUUGCCAGAUGAUGAAGGACAAUGUGAGGAAAGUUAUGGUGGUGCUAAUAUAAUUUCCAGAACUGUGCAGCCUACUCAUGAUACUAGUACUUUGCUCUGUCCAGUUCAAGGUAAUUCAGGAACAAGGAAUCGUGAAGGUCCUCAUCCUGUGACUUCUGGGAUUCGAGAAGACACUGUCAUUCGUAGGUUUGUUGGAUCCACUAUUGAUGAUGAGCCUAAGGUGGAAAAUGCAUGCCACCAUGGGUUAGUUGAUCCAACUGUCAAUCUAAAGGAAGCAAUGGAUGAUAUAAACAACAUGUUCGGAAAACCACUGAACUUCAAGGGUGAAAGAACAAAGAGGGAGACUAAUGCACAGUCAGAUGGAAAAGCAGCUCCAGCUUCUGGUUUCUCCAUAUUAGCUGAUGAUGACCUAAAAGAGAUCUCCACCAGCAAAGCCAGUCAGAGCAAUUUCUGCAGAUUUGGGGAUGAGAAUGGUCUAUUUGAACCCACAAUCACCACUCGUGAUGUCAUGGCAGAGAUCAACGAUAUGUUUGGAAUGCCACUAGACUUGUAA